AUGAGUGUACCAAGGUAUCGCCCAGCAGGAGGUAGUCUCACUUCGAGGUUAAAUCCCUCGUUCUUUGCCCUUGCUGACAGAUACCCAAGUAGUGCGGAGGAGGAAGAUGAAGCAAAUGAAGAUGAAAUUGAGGAAGAGGAGUUUGCUUUUGCUUUGCCAAAGACUGGUACUGAUUUUUUGUUAGGACCUAAUCCUGUACAUCUUAAUUCAUUGUCAGCAAUACCUGAACCGGUAUACAAUGUUGACCCAACAACAGCUAGUAGGAUGAUGUUACAGGAUUCAGCUAGGUUAACAGGAAAAAGACCUUAUCAUAAAGUUGUAUAUGAUUGUUUUGGAGUUGGUCAUGGAGACGAACAUUUUGAUGAGGAAUCAUUAUUUCGAUUUCUAGAAACAAAUCCAAUACCUUUAAAUUUAGGAACAAAUUGUCAGAGACAAAAUCUGCCAAAAGUGACUAGCAUGGUUAAUUCCGAUUCUUUAUUAUUCGAGUCUAGGUUUGAGAGUGGAAACCUUAGAAGAGCUGUUCAAAUUUACGAUUAUGAAUAUGAUUUAAUUUUAAAAUUUGAUGUUGAAACAAAUGGACAUACUCAAUGGUUCUAUUUCUCAAUUCAAAAUGCAAAAAGAGGAAGAAAGUACAAAUUUAAUAUUGUAAAUUAUUUGAAACAAGAUAGUUUAUAUAAUCAUGGCAUGCUGCCAUUAUUUUAUUCAACCAAUGAUGCUUUAACAAAAGGGCAAGGUUGGAUCAGGUCCGGAACAGAUGUUUGUUAUUAUAGGAAUAACAUCAAACGAAAAGGAGGAUCUUACUACACUCUUACAUUUACCUUUGAGGUUGCACAUGAUAAUGAUGUUUGCUAUUUUGCCUAUUCAUACCCUUACACAUACACAAAUUUACAAAAUUAUUUAAAUAAUUUGGAAAAAGACAAAGUGAGGAGUCAAUAUUUAAGAAGAAGAGUUCUAUGUAAUGAUCUUGCUGGAAAUUCAUGUGAUGCAUUAACCAUAACUUCUUUUGCUGGAGAUCCUUCUGCUCUCAAAACGAGAAAAGGAAUUGUUUUAACGGCAAGAGUACACCCUGGAGAAUCCAACUCGAGUUGGAUUAUUAAGGGAGUCAUCGACUUUUUAACUGGUUCGAGUAUUGAAUCGAAAGUAUUACGAGAAAAUUUCAUUUUCAAAAUAGUUCCAAUGUUGAAUCCAGAUGGAGUCAUAAAUGGAAACUAUAGAUGUGCUCUUUCAGGAUCUGAUUUGAAUAGAAAAUGGCAUAAUCCAAACAUCAAAACUCAUCCAACAAUUUUCCACACAAAAAAGAUGGUUUUACAAUUCCAAAAAGAACGAGAAGUAGUUUUAUUUUGUGAUUUUCACGGACAUAGUAGGAAGAAGAACAUGUUCAUGUAUGGAUGUACUGUUUCGAAAUAUGGUGUGGAGAGAUUACUACCCAAAAUUUUCCCAAGACUUCUAUGGAAGAUUUCACCUCACUUUUCAUUUAAGGAUUGUCAUUUCGGCAAACAAAAAGGAAAGGAUACAACCGCAAGAGUUGUGAUGCAUAAGAGUGGAGUGAAGAAUGCAUUUACAUUGGAGGCAUCAUUCUGUGGACCAGACACUGGAAUACACAUGGGAAGACAAUUCACUUGUAAACAUUUCGAGCAGAUGGGCCACUACUUUUGCCAGGGUAUACUUGAGUUUUGUAAUCCAGAACAAACUCAAGUCAAUCUAAUUAUCAAAGAAUUAGAUUUAUUAUUUCCAGAAAAAUACAAAGAUGAAGAUUCCACAAGAGACAAAUAUUCCAGCUCAGAAGAGGAUGAUGAUGAGCCAGUUCCACCUCCUCAGCUCAUUGAGAAACUUUCCCAAAUCCCUACCCCUAGAGUGUUAUCCUCAAGGAGAGGAUCUAAUGCUUCCGAAUACUCUCAAUCAGUGUACAGUUAUUCCUCGGUUGGCCGAAGUAGCCAACACUCUAGUACCACUUCAAUUAACUACUCCAAACCAACAAUAACAGUUCCAGUAAUUAUUCCACCAAAAUUGAAUCAUUCCAAUCCUCAAUCAGCUCCUCCAUCAGCUAUCUCAGUAGGUAAUACUCCAAGGACAGCUAGUUCUGCCAAAGUAAUUCAUCCAACACCACCACCAGUGCCACCCAAAGAUUCUGAUAAGAGACCAAACCUCCUUAAGAGAAGUCAAUCCUUUUCUAAUAAUAAUCAGCUUCCAAAAUCAAAUAAGAAUGAGAAACCAGUUGAAAAACAGAAAAAAGUGACAAAGACAGUUGUGCAAGCAAAGAAAAAACGAAUUGUCAGACCAAAUAAUACAGCUCGCUCAAUGUACAAACCAAGACCUUACACGCCUCCAGCUAUUGAUAUCAAUCCAUUUUCCUACGAUACUGACAAGAUAAUUCAAUCCUUCAAGACGACUGACAACACAAAUUAUGAUCCAAUCAUGGAGCUCAUUGAAAAAGUGGAAUCCAUUAAAAAUCUAAGAAAGGAACGAGCUAUUGAAAAUUUGAAACAAGCAAAAUUGAAACCAAUGCAAGCCAAACCUUUCAACAAAUUUGCAGCCUCUCCCUCUCUCAAACCCUCAGAUAAUUUAUUCUCAAUUACGAAUUCCACAACAAUUAGCACGACUUCAACCAAUAGCAGCCAGCUCUUUCCUAGUAUUGCUUUUAGCAAACUCUUGAAAGGAUUUGCUUCUCAACAAGUUAGAAACAAGACAAUUAACUUGAAUUAUAGAGGAAAAGCAACUAUUCGUGAUGGAUUGAGUGGUUCCACCACUGAAGUCGGUACCCCAGUCAAUGAUUCCAUGUCUGUCUCUGUUUGGAGCAAGGGUUUCACAAGAUGUUUGCAAAUUAAUCGUCCACGUGAAUCUAACAGAAUUACUUCUGAAGUCGCUAGGGAUUUAUUGCAUCAAUUUAAGGUUAUGGAUACCAACCCAAUUAUUAAUCUUAUUACUUUGUCUGGAAUUGGAAAUGGUUUUUUGAGUGCUGGAUAUGAUUUUAGAGAACUUCAAAAUUUGAUGGAUAAGGGUGAUUAUGAAACUGUUUACUCAUUGGUCAGAGAUACUCACAAACUUGCAUACUAUGCUGCUAACUGUGAAACUCCAACAAUGAGUGUUAUUAAUGGUCUUAUGCUCGGUCCUGGUACAUCUUUGGGUACUUCUGCAAACUAUGUUAUUGCCACUCCUGGUUCUCUCUUCUCUGCUGCUGACUCUGCAUAUGGUUACUUCCCAGAUUGUGGUGUUACCAUGUUGCUUUCACGAGUAAAUCAAAAGCAUGAAGGUCUCGGAACUUUCCUCGGUCUGACAGGUGCUCAAGUCAAAUCAAGUGAUUUGGUUAAUUGUGGAAUUGCCACUUCAUUCGGUAUGGAAAGCAUGUCUCAAUACAUUGCUGAACGUCUUCUUGAAGUUCAAACCGGAGCUAACCAAGAUGAUAUUCAUAACUGCAUUGUGGAAUCUACUGAAUCUGAUGUUCCUGCUUUGUCUUUCGCUUUUGAAUUAUAUAAGAUUAAGGAACACUUCUCAAAUAAGAAAUCUGUCGAAGAAAUUAUACAAUCACUCAAAAAUACUAUUACUGAUUCUACAAAGACAAAACCUGAAAGAGAUUGGGCUGCUAAUAUUUUGGAAAAUAUGAAUCAAUUAUCACCAUUGAGUCUGAAGGUUACUUUCAGAGCUAUUCAAGAAUGUGACCAAGGAUUAGGUUUGGAUGAAACUUAUCAAAGAGAUUAUCGUAUUGCUUCUCGAUUGAUCAAAUCUAAGGAUUUUAAACAAGGUGUUAAUUCUGUUUUGACUGGAAUUGAACCUGUUUGGGAAUUUGAAUCAGUUGAAAAAGUUCCUGAUAGUGUUGUUGAUUCCCUCUUUACUCCAUUGAGUUUCGAAAAGGAUGUUGAUUGCGAACUCCAAUUACCUGAAGAAGUUUUCCUGGAAGAUCAAAUUCUUUUCCAAAUCAAAAAGAACCAAUCCGUCCAAAUUGCUAAACAAUAA